AUGUGCUCCUACCAACAAAUUUCUGCGGAUAUCUACGCAUGUCAGGACAUCGUCUAUAAAUCUGAGGUUCUUUUCCCGACCGGUGAAGUUCAACUGCAGCACAUUGAUCGUGUCAUGCAGAAUGAGAAAAUGCCAUCUAAACAAUUCCAUGUAACAUCGUCGAGUCUAGAUUCGUUCCUGACUCAAUUGUGCUCUUUGAAGAAGCUGAAAGAAAAUAUCAAAACGCCAUCUCCUAUGAUGCACGAAUUUCAACAGAAGAACGAUCGAUUCUCAUCAGUGACGUCUUGUGCUGAGCAGAAUCCUGCUGAAGACGCCGAAAGCAGAAUUUUGGUGACAUCGAGUUUGGCAGUUGCAUCCAGCACAACAAUGAACGAUCAAAGUAAACUACUUGCUACAAAUAUUUCUGGGACAGCUGAUCGCGAAUCGUCGAGUGAUGGUUCUCACCGACCUUUUGGAGGAGACACCGACUCACAUUUAUCUAAUGAAGAUUCUUCGGUCCUCACUAACAUCAGUACCUCAGAGAACAGCUCCUGUGAGAUGCAGCAAAGUGAUUCAAGUUUGAUGGACUCUCAAACUUCUAAACACUUGACGUCAACUCCCACUGCUCAGCCUAAACGAAGUUCCAACCUCUCUCCAGUGUCAACAAUCCAAAGAGCGAAUUAUUUGAUUGAAGCUUUUGAUACAAAAUACUCAACGUUCCCAAAAACUGAAACGCAAAGCUGUGAACGAUUACCGCAGCUAGAUCUGUCGCCGAUUCUUCAAAACUCAGGACCUCCGAAAAGCGUUGCAAAACAAGAAUCUUUUUCCUCUACUAUGGAAGGCAUGCCUCCGUCUCCGAAGAAUGUUACACCAAGAACGGCAGGAUCGCGUAGCUUUUCCCCACGUUCCCGUCUUUCGUUUUCCCCAGACUCCUCACCGAGGUCGCUCUGCUCCCCAGGCUCCGAUGGCGACGGUUCAUUUCUUCAGGCACGGGUAGUGCGUACCAUAGCACCAUAA